AUGUUCUCAGGCAAGCUCGCUGCUUUGGCAGCCCUCCUCCCUGCGGCAGCUUUCGCUGCCAGCAUUGCAGGCAAUGGCUCUUCAGUAAUGUCCAAUGGCAAAUACGAGAUCUCAUCCGAAGGUAUUCGCGCCAACUUCGUUCCUUACGGCGCAGCCAUCUCCAACCUCUUCAUCCGAGAUGCUCACGGCAUCGAGCGUGAUAUCGUUCUUGGUUGGGACAAUGCUACUUACUACACCGAGGACAAGCUGCACCCGCAUUUCGGUGGUGUCCCUGGACGUUACGCCAAUCGCAUCAAGAACUCUUCCUUCGAGAUUGAUGGCACUACCUACCAUGUAACCCCGAAUGAGAAUGGAGGUCUCGACACUCUCCACGGUGGGCCCGAUGGCUGGUUCGUGAUAUUACUCCUCACCGGCUUCAAACCAAUAUUUACAUACCUUUCAGGNGAUUGGCGCAACUGGACCGUGACUGCUCACACCACCGACUCUAUCACCUUCUCCCUUGUCGACCCCGAUGGUGCCAACGGCUUCCCUGGCGAGGUUGUCAGCUACGUCACAUAUACUCUGACUCCNUUAGUAAGACAGCAUGUGAGACUUUCUAGAGCCACGCUAACAGCCUAUAGCCAAUGGCACUUGAAGAUGGUCGCAGUAGCAACCACCAANAAGACACCUAUCAUGCUGAGCUCUCACAAUCCCAACGACCCUACUAUCAACAAUUACACCGUACACUUGCCCUACUCUGGCCAGCGUGUUGGCGUUGAUGGCAUUCUAAUCCCUAAUGGUACUAUCUUGCCUAACAAGCAAGGUGAUGUGUUCGAUUUCUGGUCAUCGCCCAAGAAGAUUGGUGCCAAUCUGACUUCACCCGACCUCGUUGGUGGUUGUGGCAGUGGAUGCAUCGGUUACGACACUUGCUGGCUUGUCAACAGAGAUCAGAAUGGACCCUACGAUUGGCGCGAAUCUGGACCUGUCGCUACUGUGUCCAGUCCUUUCUCUGGCAUCCAGAUUGACAUUUUCACCGAUCAGCAGGCCUUCCAGAUCUACACAUGCGCUUCUCAAAAUGGUGAGUCUUAUAUUGUACUACACUCUUUAUCACUUCUAAUCAUGAUGAACNNAGGAACCACUACCAUCAAGGAGACUCAGGGUUUCUUCAACCAGACCGACCAACCCCGUGUUGUCCAGAAGUACGGCUGCAUGGUUAUGGAGGUUGAGGACUGGAUUGAUGCCAUCAACCAACCUGAGUGGCAAAGAGAGAAGAGAAACAUCUUUGGACCUGGUAGCGACCCAUAUGUUCUUCAGGCCACAUACAACUUCUCGGUGAACAAAGAGGUGGCAUCUACUUCCAACGGCACAUCCAGCUACUAG